AUGAGAAAUCACCUCGAAGGAAACGUAAAAGGAACAACAGAAAAGAAAGAUCAUAAGCGCAGAGCAAAUGAAAAAGAGAAGGAGGAAGAGGAGACAGGAUAUGGAAUGAACACAGUUUAUCAUCAACCUUUUGGCAAAAUGGAUACCCGACGAAUUAAAUCCUUUAGCAGAAAAAAAAAAGUUGAAAAGGAAACACUUUGGAACAUUGAAAAUUCCGAAGAGAACGAUGAGAACGUGAUAUGCUUCAGGAACUUCGUCCAGAAGGACCUAUCAGAUGAUAACGUGAACGAGAGUGGCGACAUCGUGUUCGACCAUUUUGGAAAUGGAAAAAGAGAGGAGAACAGAUGGGAGAUGAGAAGUUACAGUGGAAGCUGGGACGGAAGCGAAAACAAAAGUGACAGUAGACACCAAAAGAUGGUCAGUCUCAACAACACGGGUAGGAUUCGUAAUCCUCCUCGAAACAAGGAGCACAAUCCAAUAAGGGGGCUGAAUUUAACGAAUUAUAUGCUUGUGCCCGAUGAGAUCAGACACAAGUACACAAAAACAUACUUGUUCCAAAUAUCCAAAAGAUUGCUAGUGAUGAAAAAACCGUGGAGAUUACCAAAGAAUGUAGAGCUACAAAUCAACAAUGUAUACCAUUUGUCCAAUUACAUAAAGGUGUUAGAGAGAAUUUCCAGUGAAUACCUGAAUGAGCCUCCUAUUAAUUAUUACUACAAAGGAUUAGAGCUGUAUAACAAGAAUGUUUUUGCAAAUAUAGAUUAUUUGUUAAAGAAGGUAGACAUAAAAAAAAAUCCCAAGAAUUUUGAAUACAAAAAUUUAAUUAAAAUAAAUGAAUGUUACUACGAUUUAAGUACCUUUGGAAAAUCCCCCAGUGCUAUGCUUUAUCAAUCGUAUGUCAUAUGGGAUAUUCAUGGGAGUAGCUUAACCUUAGAACAGGAAUAUGAAAAUUUUUUUGACUCACAAAUUAUGGAUUAUAACUUUGGAGAAAAGGAAUACCCAAAUUUGAAAUACAUUUUAAGUAUCUGUAGCUCAGUUUUAUUUUGGCUGAACUUUAAUAAGAAGGACAACUUUGCCAUUAUUAAUUACCAUAAAAUUAGCUCCUUCAUUUUGUUAAUUUUCUCUUGUGUCAUGCUAGUCGUAGAUAACACACUAACCUUUUCUCAAAUUCAAGAGAUCCUUUACAAGUCGUCAAAAAUAAGUAACAGUGAUAAGGAGGAUGAGGAGGAUAACAUCAACGCGAAUAUUUCUUCAAACUAUUUUGGAAACAAAUAUGAGACCUAUUCUAACGAAGAAAAAUCGGACGACACGUGUAACAUGUUAGAGAGAGCAAAGGUUCAAAUGGGGGGUCAUCCUCCCAUCUUGCCUAAUAAUAGAACGACAAAUCUGCAAAGAGACAAAUAUGAGAGGAGAUUUGGAAGCACAUAUGAUAAUGAGGAAGACACCUCCCUUCGCAACAAUAGUUAUAAUGAUAAGUUCCUCGAGAAAGAUACUUGUAGGAACAAAAGAGAAACCUCUGAUUUUGUGCAUAUCUACAAUUUUAGGAACGGUGACAAGGAAGAUUACCGCACAUAUGACAACCAUUUCAACGGAGGCAAUAUGACGCUCGCCACGGACGAAUAUAAAUCGCGUAACGCCAUCAGUGAUUUUAACAAAAUGCAAUACCAUACAUUAAAUUUGGGGGAGAAAAGUGUAGAAUACGAUAAUGACGUUGCAAAUUCACAGGAUAGGAAGAAGACCAAAUGUUCAAACUCCUGGGGAUUUGAUCUAACAAACAGAGAAAAUUACAAAAGUAAUAAUAAAGUGAAGGACCACCAUUUUUGGAUACCAUUUGACUACUGGAAAUCUUCUCACAAAAGAUAUUUUUUUUACGUUUAUGAAUUAAUGAAAAAUAAAAAUAAGAAAGUCGAAAAUGUUCCUUUUAAGUUGAAGAGCAUUAUUUUUAGCGACUACGUAAUGUGCUCCGUUUCAGUAGAGGUGUAUGAAAUUAUUUACAAAGAUAAUCAUGAAUUUCACCUGGAGGUUCUGUCCGAUUGCUGCUGCGACAGCGAUGGGGGGGAGGGAUCCACAGGUGAAGGAACAAGCGAGGAUGAAAGUGUAAGCGGCAAAUCAGGUAGUGAGCGAAGUGAUAAGGAAGUUCGUAGGAGAAGUGAAAACCAACGUGAUGACCAAUGGAGGAACCCUAACGAAUGUUCCGAGGUUGAUGAGUCGAAUGAGGACUACACGGAAAGUGAAGAAUCAAAAGGAGGAGGUCUUCAUCAGGAUGAAACAUUUUACAAAGACCCCUCCCUCAAGGGAAAGUUAAAACGAGGAACUCCAAAUGAGCGCGAUUCGAAUGAUAUCUUGAAAGGAAGGGGUACUAGUGAUUACUCCAACGAGGUGAUCUACUCGGCAGGUAGCGUGAAAAACAGGAAUGGUAAUAUCUGCGAAGUAUGUAAACCCGUGGGUAGAAAAUCAAGCAAGAAUAAAAUUCCAUACGGAGAAAGUGAAGGACCUAGAAGAUUAAGCAUACAGAAGGAUGAUCUCGGCGCGAACAAUAUUUUUAUAAAUAGGACCUAUGAACCAACUACAUGCGUGACAAAUAAAUUGAGGAAGAAAUCUUCUGAUUACAAAUUAAGGAAGGGCUCAAAUGGGUGCAGUGACAGCUGCGAGAGAGCAUCAUUUGAUACGGACAAUCGAUCUGAUCGAUCCAACUCGGCCAAUUCGUCUAGUGCGCCAAUUAAUGAACGAAGUGUGGAGGUCAAACAAAGUGAGGGAGAAGGAGAAGUGGAGCAACGUCCAUUCGACCUUCGCAGCGGAAAGGGCCCAGUCACGCACAGAAUAAGACAACAUGGGGGGAAGUACUAUUCUGCCAGAUCACUUAGUUCAGUUUCGCCCGAACCAACAUCGGUAGAUGACAUGUACAGAUACAAAAAUGAGGGCAUUCCAGACAGUGACAAUAUUCAAAGGGGAAUGUCCAAAGGGAAGAUAAUUACCAACGGGAGGAUAAUUACCAACGGGAAGAUAAUUGCCAACGGGGAAGUGAAGACCAACGCGAAGAUGAAGACGAAGUCGUGCACAUCUCUUUCGCAAAAGAAGAAUACGAGCUCGAUCAAAUCGAAUGAAUCGCUCUCCCCCUUGAUGAAGAAACCCAUUUACGAUGCGUCGAAAAUGGAAGAAGCGGAGCAUAAAAAAGGCAGCAAAUGGAAGGAAAAAAAAAUUUACGAUUUUUUAAGGAGAAAUAGAAAAAAAAAACAGAAAAAAGGAGAAGAUCAAAAUAAAGGAGCAUCUUGUGCCAAAUCAGGAUAUGAAUACUUUUUAAAAUGUAACAACCUAAGUUACAACGUAGUGUCAUCGUACGAGAAAAACAAAAAAAAAUAUGUGACAAUCGAUUUCACACAUGAUUCUGAAGGGAAUCCCAAGGAACACAUAAUAUGUGGAGAUAUUCUCAUAUUAAUUGGACACAAAAAUAUAGAAAAAUUUCAUAAAGGAUUUUCAAGUUCUUAUUCUUUCCAUACUGGUUUUUUAAAAAAGGCCUCAUCCGAAAUUUUGCACAUAAGGAAAGAAGACAUGGACAUUAACAGCAAUUAUCAAAGCUACAUUCCGGAUGGCAUGAAGCUGUCUAUCAUUUUGGAGUCUGCUAGCAAAAGAGACUGCAUGAAAGCGUACAAAAGGAAUUUAAAGAGUCACAACAAAAUGGAAGAUUUACGAUCGUUGAAAAAUUUCGAAAAAAAUAAAUCCUUCGAGUCGAAUGAUUCGGAGCUUGCUGUGUAUGGUCUUCGAGGAAGACGUACUGCCAUUUCAGCCUCCGAUGUGGUAAAUCACAAUGGGGGAGAGGCAGGCGUGAGGGGAAAGGGAAGAAGGAGUGAACCACAAGGAGGAAGAGAAGAAGAUUCAGAUGAAGAAGAGGAGGAGGGAAAAGCCAAAUGGUGGAAGGGAAGGAGCGGUCAUAAUGUGAUGAAAUGCAGAAGGGAGGAAGAAAAGGAUAAUGACGAGGAAGAAGCGGAGGAGAACGAUGAAACCGAUGAGAAGGAAGAGUGCAUAGAACAGGGGAGCGAAGAGCACAGUGAUAAGAUGGACAAGACGAAUGAGCCCACUUAUCACAGGAGAAAAACAAAACGGAAAUUACAGCAACGUAGAGAAAACGAGCGUUACCCGUCACCAGAGCAGAGGGAAUUCAGGAACAAGUUAAACAAUAACAAUAUCAAACAAAUGGAUUUACAUUCGAGGAUAAAUUAUACUGGUUACUCAAUUUUCACCGAAAAGGAACCCAAAAUAAAAUACAACGCUACGAACAUAACGCAACUCUUAACAUCUCUCUUCGGUUUUAAAAAUAGAGAAGACAAAUAUUCCUUAACAAACAAACAAAACGUAUGUUCUUUAUUGUCAUCCAAAAGAUCGUUUUCAAAUUUAAUUUCCUUAAAGGAUUAUAUACAGAGACAAUAUGAAGUAAUUACCAACCCCACAGAGAGUAUGUACAAUUUUGUGAAGAAUCAUGUUUUGAAGGUGAACAUUCCUUUGGUACAGUAUUUAAAAAAAAUAACUCAUUUGUCCAAUUUGAAAAUUUAUUUUUCCCUAAAGUUAUGCAACAAUGAUUUAAGUAAAUCUUUGACAUUUAUCGUCUCCAUAUGGGGAAUUCAUAUUUUAAAAAAAAAAAGUUCCAUUAGGUACUCCUCAACAUUGAACGAGCUCCCAGAAUUUAGAGAAGAAUUUAAAAAAAUCGUCCCGCAUGAGGUAGGCAUAAAAAUACCAACAGAAUUAGCAAGGCAUGUAGAUUAUGGAGACAGUACAAAUGUCAGUUGUACUAAUGAGGAAGUAUAUGAAAAAUUGGAGGACGGUGGAAAUUUGCUUAUGGGACAUGAACAGGUAGAGGCGUAUGAGGAAGUAAAAGAAGUGAUACUUUCGGGAGAAACUUGUAGAAGGGUGAGUUCGCUACAUCGCUUGGAGGUGGCGUCAGAAUGGACUAAGGAACCUGAGAAACUCGUGCACCUUAAGGAACUGCAUCCCUACAGGGAGAGCGAGAUGGUGAAGACGUCGAGUGAGGAAAAAAGGGAAGAACCAAGUGAAGUGAAAAUUGGUACACAAAAUGAAGUUACACGAGGCGAACGAAAUGAUGCCCCCUGUAAGGCCAAAUCCAAGGACCCCACGACGAACAAUGUGAAAAUCGAGGACAGCUCUGAAGUGAUUACAAACAUAAACGGAAUAAAAAUUGCUAAGCUGGAAAUCAACAAGACAUACUACCAAAUGAGGGAAGAAAUAAAUCUGGCAGAAUCGAAAGAACAAGCAGAUAUCAGAAAAAACGAAAAGGAAGAGGUCCAGACAGAUAAAGAAAAAAUUAUAGAGGACAAUGAAAGUUUUCUGAAAAGCAUGGUGGAAAAAGAUGGGCCAUCAAAAGUGAUAGAAAAGACUAAUAAAAAAAGUGAUGUAUUAAAAAAAAUAGAAGAAAGUAGUUUUUUUUACGCAAAAUUGCCCAGUGGAGAAUUGGUAAAAUUAAAAGUAAAGGACACGAACGAGGUAGGUACAUACGAAAGCAUGCCUCUUCUCUUGGUUGAACCUGUCGAUGAUUCAGUACAUCUUACACGUGCAGUGAGUGGCUUAAAUGUGAAGGAGGAAUCUCAUAAAAAUGAAAAUGCUGCUGUGGACAAGGCAGCUAGUAAAGAUUGCCUAAUAAACGAUUUGGAGAAGAUGUAUGACCAAGUGAUUAUGAAGAAGAGCAGCCUUGAGUCCACGCUGAGUGUCGAAAGUGAUAGAUCCACUGUGUCUAGGUAUUCCACGUCUGUUGCAGGGCCUCCCCUGGUUUCAACUUCGAAAGUGGAGGUGCCGGCGGGGGAAAAACUGGAGGUCAAAGUGGGUGAAAAUGCGGAAGUAAAAUUGGGUCAGAAAAUGGAGAUCAAAAUGGCAGAAAAAAUGGAUCAAAAAAUUGAUCAAAAAAUUGAUCAAAAAAUUGAUCAAAAAAUUGAUCAAAAAAUUGAUCAAAAAAUUGAUCAAAAAAUUGAUCAAAAAAUUGAAGCCAAAAUAGACCAAGGCGUGGUAGUGAAACCCCCCCAGCUAGGAGUGAAGGGAACGCCAAAGCAAUUGUCCAAGCAAUUGCCCGAGCAACCGGCGGGAGAGGUUCAAACGAAAGCAAAGGCCGUGGAGGCUAUUCUCAAGAAAGCGAAGGAAAAAAGACCUCCACCCCCGCUGCCAUCCGCGCUACAAAAAAGACCCUCGCCCAAAGCGACGACGGAGGGGAAGGAACCAGGAGGGGAUACAAAAAAGGAAAGUAGCGCAAAGCCAGGGAUGCCCAAAAAAAUGGGGAAGAAAAUGGCAGGCCCUCCUCCUCCCCUCCCCGCAUUUCUGUUAAGUAAAGGAAAAAUGGGAGAAAAAGCUAAAAUGGGAAUGAAAAAAUGCCCAAUGAAUUUUGCACCGAAGAAAUUCGCAAAAAUCGAAGAAAAAAGACCCCUAGGAAUUAAACUACACUGGCAAUUAUUACCAACGCACAAAAUAGAAGGAACUGUCUUUAACGAAAUAAAGAGUCAAGAAUCAAAGUAUAAUCUGAUCGACACAAAAGCUGUUCACAAAUUAUUUGCUCGUGUAAAAGGAGAAAAAAAAAUUGUAAAAAAGGUCACGGAAGAGAAGAAAAAAAGCAAUGAAGAAAAAUUAAUAACCGUUUUGGAUAGAACAAGAGCGCAAAACAUUGGAAUUUUGUUACGAUUUCCAAUGAGUACCCAAGAAAUUGUAGAAAAGAUAAACGUAUUCGACCUUGAAAAUAUGAAUACAGAAUUUUUGCAAAAGAUAUUGCACAUUUUACCAACGAAAGAAGAAAGCGAUGGCAUUUUACAAAAACUGAAAAAUGAAAAUGUGAAAGAGGAAAAUUUUAGAGAUGUUGAAAGAAAAUUAAUUCCAUUUGUUCAUAUGGACAAAUGUCAAUGUAAGAUUGAAAUUUGCUUAUUUUCCUUAAAAUAUGAAAAAAUGAUAAAUGAAAUAAGCAGAGAUUUGGAUAUCUAUGAAAAAGCUGUAAAUGAAGUGCGAUCAAGCAUACGGUUGAGAUCUUUGCUCAAUGCUGUUCUCAAAUGGGGCAAUUAUGUCAACUAUGGUGUUAAUGAAAAUGAAGAUUUAGUCGCACUAGGUUUUACUCUCUCAUCAGUUUUGAAGCUAACCGAAUUUAAAUCUUCCAUAGAUAGUACCAUCACCUCAUUGCACUAUAUCACUGUUAGUCUUUGUACAUAUUUACGAAAUUUAAAUAUGAACCUUUUAGAAAAUGAUCUAAAUUCUGUUUCAGCUGCAUCCAAAAUGUCGUCCGAAACGGUAGAUAUUCUUCUAUCUUCACUUGAUAAAGAAAUAAAUUAUAUCAGAGAACAGUUGAAAUGUACCUAUGAAGAAGUUUUUAAAGAAAAAAUGAAAACUAUUCUACAAGAUAGCGAAAUGAAGUAUGCGAAUGCACAAAAGAGAUACGAAGAAACGAAAAAAUCUGUGCAACAGUUGGGUACGUACCUGGGUGAAGAUAUGUCAAAAGGUGCCAACCUCGAAAGCAUAUUUAUUAUAUUAUCCUCUAUCGUGGAUAAUUUUACCAAAUGCUACAAAGAUAUCUUGGCCAAUCCCAAAAAGUUUUCCAUAAUGCUAAAUGAUGAAAAUUUACUAGAUGAAUAUUACACCUUUUUUGGGAAAAAAAAAAAUAAAAAUCUACCGAUCUCUAAAAAAUAUACACCAACAAGCAAAGAAACAGUAGCCAAAGAACAAGGUGCAACAAAAGAGAGUGACAAAGAAAUUGGAAAGAUGCGAAUUAACAGACUCAAAAGCUGCAUUGGUAUAGUCAGAAAAAAUGAUAACGCCAAGAGCUCCAUGUUUCAGCUGAGGAAUAAAUUAAUGCAGGACAUACAGAAUAGGGCUUUCAUCAAAAGGACCAACUCGGAUGGGGGCAAAUUGCAAUGUGAACCAACGAUCCCUCUGUGUAACGAUAAUAAUACGCUGAUCCCGAAUAUCGGAUUAGGGGGAAAUGACGGGGUGAUAAAGAACGCAGAAGGUUUAAAUGAAAAUGAGAAUGGCGUCGAUGCAAAGGGGGGGAAUGUGCCGCAUGGGUGCGCCUUGGGGGGAGAUUUAAAAAAGAGGGAAAGCCCCAUUGAAAAUGCAAACAGGGAGAUGUCGUUAAAAGAGGGAGUAAAUUGUGAUGAAAAGCCGAAUGGAGAUAUUAUCCCUGAGGUUAACCUGACAGGGGGUCAAAAAAUCGAAAGCAAACCCAACGUCAAUAACAAAAUUGAGGACAAAAUAAACGAUGAGAUAGGUGGAUUGGGGGGGAAAGACCCAAUGGUAGAAUGA